AUGAUAACCCGCCAACAAAACUUCGACUACACGACCACGGUGUCCAAAGGCCGCACCCUAAUCACCCUAAUGCGCACCACCGACGACGAAGCCUCGCUCCUUCAAACCGCCCAAAGCGCCUUCCUCUCCCCCUCCGCCCUCUCCCAAUCCGGCUACGAAAGAACGCGCUUCACCCUCACCCCUUCCUCUCCGCUAUACGACCUCCAAAAAUCCCUCGGCAUAGAUCCUUCCACCAACACCGCAAUUGGGCACUCGCACCUCGAAUCCGGAGUUAGAGACGGGGCGUACGUACCUGCGACGUGGGCGAAGUUUAAUACGGUUAUCAACGCGGCAGCGGGCAUGCUUGUAGCGGUUGACAACGAGUCGCCCACGCAGAUUCUCCUUCGGGAGGGAGCCGGGCGAGAUGGCGGCAAAAGCAGGCAAAGUGCGACAUUGCCCGAGUUGAAGUACUGGUCUGAUGUCGUGUUUCUGCAGUGGCAGAUUGUUACGGGAGGUAAUGCGAACUUGCAGUUUGUAGUUAGACUGGGAAUUACGAAUGGGGCUACACUCGAUGUUCUGCAGCAUGUUCUGCGGAAAGGUGGGGUGGUGGUGGAGGAGGGGGUGGUGGUGAAGGGGAGAGAUGUUGUUUGGACGGUGAGGGAGGAUGAGGAGGCUGUGGCGGCGAUUCUGGGGACGCCGAAUGGGAGUGGGGUGGCGAGGUUGCUAUUACAUCAUAAGAGGGAGUUGGGGCAUAAGGUUGUAGAGGAGGUGAGGUUGGUGGAGUGGAAGGGGGAGGGGGUGGGGGAGCCGAGCUUGGUGUUUCGGAUUGGAAAUUUGUAUCGAGAGGGGGAUGGCGGGAGUCAGGAGACGGUUAGAGGCGGGAGUUCUGUGUAG